AAAUGCGCACGGGUGAGGACGUGUCGCUCGGUGUGACGAAGUAACGUUGCAAGGUUCAUUGUUUAUCAACAGUAAUCGCGAUUUAAAUUGAAGUAAACAGUUUGAAUAUCAAUAAACUUUACGCUAAAUAACCUAUCGCUUUCUAAUAAAGAGGUCCGGAUCGAUCUAAUUGUGAAUAAAUUUUUCUUCUGAUGUGUGAUCUUGCCGGUGAGAACAAAAUCGUUUUCGUUGGACGGUGGUUGAAAAUGUGAAACAAACGCUAGUUUGUAUUUGGUACAAGUUGGGAACUAAGGGUUCGAUUGUUUAUUUGAGUGAAUUUGAAGGAACUAAGAUGAGGUGGUUUGUGUUUAUGUUUCUGGUGCCGGCCUGCGUGGCCCACCUCAAUGUUUACCUGAGUAGCGCCGAGGUGUGGAGACUUCUGGGUCUGACCGCGGAGUUGUUCUACGUGCGCGACGGCCAGAUCAACUACUACGCGCUCAACUUCGUGGUGCCCGUGCCCGCCACCAUCAGCGAGCUGCACUUCACGUGGCAGAGCCUCGCGCGCAGACCGUUACCAUACACGCUCCAUGUUGAUGUAGUGUCCCACCCUGAAGCUAUGCACCAACCAACGUUCAACAUCUCGAGCGAGGGCUUCGUCCCCAUCGAGCCGCAGACGUGGAAGGUGGACCUGCCGUGCACGCACACGGUGGCCGCCGAGGUCGACAUCACCAUCUCCCUCAACGUGUCCACCGGCCCCUCCUCCACCACCUUGCACUUCCGAAGACGGAAAAUAUGUUUAAAGGACGCUCCCCGGCCGGCUGUGCGGGUGGACAGCGUGCCGCACGCGCAGACCUCGGCGGAUAUAUUCUACGCGGGCGCGGGGUGCGCGGGCGCGGCGCUGCUGGCGGCGGCGGUGGCGGCGGCCGCGUGCCGUGCUCGCGCCAGGAAGCUGCGGCGCGCGCGCAGCGACGAGCAGGACGCGCACGCCUUCCUGCCCGACUCCUCCUGCAAGUCCGCCGCCAGCUACACCAGCUACCGCCGCCCCACCUCCCUCCCCGCCUCCGCCGCCGAGGAGAGAGCCCGAGACCUGCAACAGAGAAUAGCUGAGCUCACCAUCCAGAGGUGCCGCGUCAGGCUCCGCUCCGUGGCCAUGGAGGGAACGUUCGGUCGCGUCUACAGAGGAACUUAUGCCGACGAGGACGGAAGAGAGCAAGAGGUGCUCGUCAAAACUGUCGCAGAACACGCAUCACAAGUCCAGGUAUCCCUCCUUCUGCAAGAAGGUUGCAUGCUAUACGGGCUGCGGCACGAGCGGCUGCUGACCGUGCUCGGGGUGAGCAUCGAGGACCAGACGGCGCCGUUCAUCCUGUACCCGUGGGCCGCGAGCUGGCGGAACCUCAAGCAGUUCCUGAUGUCGUGCCGCGGCGCGUCGGUGGGCGGGGCCGCGGGCGCCGCGCCGCCGCCGCCGCCGCUCACCACGCAACACGUCGUCCGGAUGGCGCUCCAUGCGCUGGACGGACUCGUCUAUCUGCACUCACAGCAAGUGCUGCACAAAGAUAUAGCUGCGAGAAAUUGCAUUGUCGACGAAAACCUGCGAGUAAUGAUCGCGGACAACGCUCUAUCCCGGGAUCUGUUCCCCGCGGACUACCACUGCCUGGGCGACAACGAGAACCGGCCAAUCAAGUGGCUCGCUCUCGAGGCUCUACAGCGGAGGCAGUUCAGCCCUGCAGCUGACGUGUGGGCCCUGGGGGUGCUACUCUGGGAGCUGACCACCCUGGCACACCAGCCGUACGCCGAGGUAGACCCCUUCGAGGUGUCGGCGUACCUCAGGGACGGCUACCGGUUGCAGCAGCCUGCCAACUGUCCUGAUGAGCUGUUCGCGGUGAUGGCGUACUGCUGGGCGAUGUCCCCCGACGACCGGCCCACGCUGACGCAGCUGCAGAUCUUCCUCAGGGACUUCCACACGCAACUCACCAGAUUCGUAUAGACAUUCCCAACUAUCGCUAUAAAGACAACCCAAAGAAGACAAUAAAGUGAAGGAUUCUAAUGGUGGAUUCUAGAUGGGUCGUGAAAGACUGAUUUUAAAAUAAAGUGUACAGAAAGUGUUUAGUUACGUAUGUGAUUAGUUAAGGUGGGAAAGACUUCAACAUUAGAAUUUGUAUUUUGGACCUAGAAAUUCAUAGAAUAAGGAGACGAGGAACUCGAAUCUUUAAUCUAUGUUUAGAUUACUAUCUUAUCAAUUAAUGUGAGAGUAAAUACAUCGUUUUGUUGGAGUGUUUCCUUAUAAACUGUUUUUUUUUUUAAUUAUUUUAUAUACUAUAACAGGUUUAUUAGCGUAACUAGAGUUCGCUAGUAGUAAGUAACAAACAAAAGAUCUUUCAUUUCAUUCACUAGCGAACCUUAGUUACGCUGAUAAAUGUUGAAAAUACGAGUAUAUUAACUGUUGAAACUUACUUGUGUUGGUUUUCCACUCCACUCAUUGGACUAUCUGAUACAUUAGUGUUGUGUUAGAGUAAAUUCAGCAGCAUAUGAUAUGAGUUUAACUAUUUAGGUACUGGCUACGGAGUACGACAUAGCCGAGAAACAUUUCUUGUUAUUUACCCACUUAUAUGGCCACUAAAAUUGCUUCACUUUUGCCACGGUUCAAGUUUCCAUAUAAGUUUUAUAAUAUCCAGAAACUUUCAUUAAAAAUUAAGAUACUCACAUAGUUAAAAAUAGGGAAGCAAUUUUAUAGGUUUUUUAUAGGAGAGCUUUAUGCACAAUUAAAUGAUGUACCUAACUAAUAUAAAUUUGAAUACCGGUUUACACUCUAAACAAAACUAUUGUAACAGUUAUGUGACAAUUACUACCAACACUGAAAACUUAUAUUUGUUCUUCAAUAAAAUAAUUAUCGAUUGUGUAAAUAAAUUAAGAUAAUGAACACCUCAGUACUGCCAUAAUAGUGUAGAUAUUUUCUUGUAUAUAAAUACUGUAACAUUUAUUAGAAAAUUUAUAUGAAUGUGCCUCGUUUAUAGAGUUUAAAAAGGUAAUAAAAUUAUUGGGUUGUAAUUGUAACUAUAAUGUAGUAAGUAAAUACUUACUUUCAAUUAAUAAUUUUUAGUAUGAUCUAAGACUGGGUUACAGUUAAAAGAAGAAGCUACCUUUCUCUGUUGAUUUACGAUUUGUUUGAAUAACACCUACUUAAUUAAAUUAUUAUACUUACCUUAUUUAUUCAGUUUAAUGUAUGACAGAAAAAUCUUGCCAAACUUGACUACUAGUAACUUAUGAAAUCAUCUAGGUAUUUAAAAUGACCAAAACGUACAUUACCUUGAUUAGGGACAAAAUAUAGUUCGUAAAACUUGGACCGUUUUUAACUUUUGCUGUUUGUAAGUAUUUAUAGUUUUUACUGUUCUAAGCCUAAUGAGAAAUGUCGGAACGGUAUAUUUUACCGUCCACUUCUGCUUCAGUUUAAACAUUCUGUGAAGAUUAUUUUGAGAACAAUGCUUCGUUCAGUCGCUGUACUUGACUCGUGUAACAACACUUCAGCAAAACGGAAUGGGCUUUUCUAAUAACCCUUGAAUAAUAGUACACAAUAGUACACAUGACUGUAAGUAUAGUGGGGACUGAGUCUGUAAUUGUUCCUGAUUCCUGCGUCGUAAGGUUGAAAUUUGAGCCGCAGGUGUUUUGUAAAUUAAAUUUAUUUCUUGUGUUUGUAAUCGAUUAUAUGAAACAAUAAAUUUCUAUGAUUAUGUUCAGAAAAACUUCUGUGAAUAUCGGCUUCAGUCUUAGUUGUUGGAUGUACUGUACCAACAACAUUAGAAUGAUCAUGACAAUAUUUAAAAAGAUCUCAUUCUACCUUUUAAAUAAGUACCUACAUAUUUUAUAAAAAGCAUUUAUCUACUUACUAAAAAUAUGUUUUCUGAUUCUAUCUCACGCACUUACCCAGAAAGUAAUAAUAUAAGAAAAAAUAAUGUCAACCAUUUCCUCUUCUAAAUUAUAUCUCCUGCUGUGUUACGCAAAAAAAUUACUGGUUUUAAGCAACAUGUUGUUAAAUUGUGUUGUUUUGUAAAUGUGUAUAUAAAACGAUUUAAUAAUAGAUGAAGAAAUGUGAAUAUACGAGUGAAUAUUAUAUUAAA